AUGAGACUGUAUACGCAUACCACGCGCUGCUACCGCGUCGCGGCCGCGGUAGGCGUGCUGACGAUAUGUGGGGUUCUCCUCCCGCUCCUCGUCAUGUCAUAUCUGGAUAGGAAAACUUUCCCGCCGGCGAAACCUCAGGAGUUGACCACUCUGUCGGAAAACGAGAGGAUACGCCUGUCAGUCCGCGGAGAGAAGAUGGAUCUAGAGAAAAAGAGAACGAAUAUAAAAUUAGAGAUGGAGAAUCUCCAGCUCGAGGGAGAGACUGCGAAAGAAAACAUCACGCGCAAGCGAAGUGAUCUCCAGCGCUUGACCGAGAUGAUGUCUACGCAGAAGAGGCUCCGUCGAAUUGCUGAAGAAGCUCCGGAGGGAAUGCUCAGCGAGCCGCUGGGGCUCCCAGAUCUUGGAGAAGAGCGGAGUCAACAUGUGAACCAUGGAAAGUUCAGACCUUGCACCUACGACGAAUGUUUCGAUUAUUCGAGGUGUUCAUUGAGGAAGCAUUUUCGCGCUUUCUUCUAUUCCCUGGAAGAGGAUCAACUAGUCGGUGUACCGCGGAUGACAAUCAGCGAGCUCUCCCGUGCCAUACGUUCGAAUAGGCAUUCUACUCCUAACGCCGACGAGGCCUGUAUAUUUGUUGUGUUCGUGUCGGCAAAACUCAAAGCUCCGAAUCUGCCCGCCUUGAAAUACUGGAACGGGGAUGGAGCCAAUCAUCUUGUCGUUGUUGUGGACAACUGUACAAGAUCGAAUUGCGAUCACCGAAUUCCUUCGGUAGAGAGCAGAGCGAUCUACGCUAGGCAGAUCUUCCCUGCUGAGCAGUUUCGCGACGAUUUUGACAUCGUGCUCCCGCCACUGCAAUGGAAGAGCGAUCCACUCUCAUACAUGCUCCCUGUUCGUCGUCAGAAUACAUUGACAUUCUCCGGGACAUACGUUCGAUCCGAAAACGAAGAGGCAGCCGGAAUGAGACUCACCUCCAGAUACAUCUACGAAGAGAUUCUUAAAAAUGCCCAGUAUGCUACACAGUCGCGAGAGUUCUGCUCGAGUCGAAGCCUCGGGAGAGUCCAAGAACUCCGCGGUGCUUGGGUGGAUUGCGAGGAUAGUCGAACAGAGCCGCUUUCAGAGUCUAUUUUCGCUCUAAUGAUCGCUCCGGAUGAGGACUGCUUUGUAAGCACGGAUAUUCUCAGUAGCCGACUCAUCAGGGCGAUUUGGCACGGUGCCAUACCCGUAAUUCUAGGAGAUUCCGUGCGGCUCCCUUUUGACUCGCUGCUUCAGUGGAGGAAAGCCGUCAUCAUGGUAGCGAAAGCUCGGGUUCCCGAAAUUCCGCUAAUCCUGAGAACUUACAACGAUGAAGACAUCUUCGCGCUGAGGAGACAAGGACGGAGACUCGUGGAAACUUACUUCAAAACAGCCGAUCAAUUCAUUGAAACGCUCAUCAGUGCUGUGAGGUACAAGGUGAAGGUGCAAGCUUUCCCUGAAAGAAGUCAAAAAACAGAAAUCGUGCCCAACCUCGAUUUCGGGCCGAUGAAUCAGCAGCUUUCCUCAGAAACCGACGAAGCAUUGGGACCUCUGGAGACCCCGUACCCUUCCCUGGCUUUCCAAAGGAAUUUCUCCCUGACAUUGAACUACUGGAGAGAUCUCUUCAACGUCCAUUUCCACCCACAUAGCAUGUCCGCCUGGCGACCAACCGAUCCUGUCCUGCCGAGCGACGCCAAAUUCAGAGGCAGCAGUUUCGGCUUCAGACCCAUCGGGUUCGGUGCCGGAGGUUCCGGAAAAGAGUUCGCCGAGGCAUUGGGUGGCAACUAUCCCCGAGAGCAAUUCACCGCAGUCGUGCUCACCUAUGAUCGGCCUCAAGUUCUCAUAGAAGGCAUCUCGAAUUUUAAAGGCUUGCCAUAUCUCAGCAAAGUUCUCGUCGUUUGGAAUGGACCCGAUUCGCCAGGCCCUGAAACGCUGACCUGGCCGGAGAUCGGAGUGCCGAUUCAGGUCGUCAAAGCUCCGGUGAACUCCUUGAACAAUCGGUUCGUACCAUGGGAUGCCAUUGAGACAGAAGCUGUCCUGUCUCUGGACGACGAUGCGCGUCUCCGUCACGAUGAGCUGAUCUUUGCGUUCCGGGUCUGGAGGGAGAACCGAGACCGCGUAGUUGGGUUUCCGGGUCGAUUCCACGCCUACGACUCAGUUCACCGCCAAUGGAACUACAAUUCGAACCACAGUUGCGAGCUCUCAAUGGUUCUGACGGGAGCGGCUUUCUUCCACAAAUUUUACAUGUACGAAUACACCUAUCGUAUGGCUCCCGAGAUCCGUCAAACGGUCGAUGACCUCAUGAAUUGUGAGGACAUAGCUCUGAACUUCCUCGUGGCGCAUUUGACGCGGAAGACGCCUCUGAAAGUUACUUCCAAGUGGACCUUCCGCUGUCCCGGGUGUCCAGUGGCAUUGUCCGAGCACGACUCCCAUUUUCUAGAGCGUCAUGAUUGUAUAAACAAAUUCUCGCAACUCUAUGGAUACAACCCGCUGCUCUAUACGCAGCUCCGGGCCGAUUCGGUCCUGUUCAAAACGCGAGUUCCUCACGACAGACAGAAGUGUUUCAAAUUCAUUUAA